AUGGAGGUUCUAGAGAGGGAGGGCCACAGCGGUCCCCCGUUAGUAGACCAUCUGCCGAUUCCCGAAACGGAGGAGCUGCUGCUGCACCCGCCUCCCGACUUCCACGCGUCGCACGACGGCGCUUUCUCCCCUUAUUCAGUGCGCUCUCCGCGCUCUCCGCAGCUACAGCCGCACUCUUCCCCCCCCGCCAGGCGCGCGCGGGGAUCGCGCGGUCAGUAUAGCGAGAUUAGCGAGGAGGAUUAUAGCGAGGAUGAGGACAACGAUGGGGAUAGCCUUUUGGAUCCGUCAGGGAAGCGAGGGAAGCGACGUCGACCGUUCGAUUUGGAUUUAGAUCGACCGCUGGGGCCUAGUUCGCUCCCUUACCCCUUUUCCCUCCUCUCCUCGUAUUCGUCUUCGUCGCUCGCGUCGCUCUGCUCCGAUGCGAUUUGGCUCAGAUGGCCUGUAAUCGCAGCCGUUGCAGUAAUCAUCCUCGUUAUAAUCUUCCUCACUUCCCCUGCAGCAGUGUCCCCAACCACAACUACACCCCCAUCGGACGGCUCAGAUUCUUUUUAUCCGUCUGAUCUGGACGGCACAGGAACCGGCUCAUCGCGAGAACCUAGAGGUUACCAUCCGUUACCAGUCGACUCGUUUAAAGGCGUAGACGCGUCCACUCUAGAUCCGUCUACGUUACCGUCAGGCGGACGGGGAGCGGGUGGAGGUGAUUGGGGAACCGGCGCUGGCGGAAACUGGGGUGGCGGAAAACCGGGGGAAGACCCGCAAGAGGGGCUGUAUCCGGACGCUAAGCCUGCGCGGGGAGGGGGAAGAUGGGGGAAAGCGGGCGCGGGGGCAGGCGCGGGCGGCGGGGGACAUUUGGGUGAAGAGGCGGCGGAAGUGGAGGAUUAUAGGGACUCCGCGGGGGUGGGGCGGGAGGGGGAGGUGGUGGGGGAGGAUGCCAAGAAGAAGAGGAGCCGACUGGAUGACGAGGUGGUGACGUGGCGAGGCGCGCCGUGGAGAUUCGACGUUGGUGAUUGGCUGAGCAGCUGCAAUGGGGAGUCGGGGGUGAUCAAGACCGUGGAGGUGGGUGCGGGGGGGAAUAAGGAGGGAGGUGGGACUGGGGGAAGGGGAGGGUGCGGGAGGAGGGCUUCGAGGGGAGGGAAGCAAGGGGAAGAAUGGGAUUGGGUGAAGGUGCUCGAGGAGGUGUACGGCAACAAGUGCAUGCAGGACUGCAAUGGGGUGGGCACGUGUCACUACGACACUGGCCGCUGCCGCUGCCGCAUUGGAUACACAGGGGCGGACUGUUCUCACAUGGACGCGCAUCCCUGCUCCUCCCCACCCACGUCUUCUGCGGGAGUGGUGGGCGGGAGUGCGUGGGCGUGUGCGGGGGAGUGCGACCUGCACUCGGGCUUGUGCUUCUGUGGCGCUGCCUCGCUCUUCCCCCUCCGCCCCGUCCCUGACCCCUGCGGCUUUGCCCAUGACUUAGCAGCAGCGGUGGACAGAACGCGAAAGGACACGGAGGCCCUGUACGCCAACACCACGCACUACCCCGGCUGGUGCAACACCCGUCCUGAAGCAGUGGGGGUGGGCAUGGGCGGCAGCAUGGCGAUGGGCGGGGCGGAGCCGCGGGCGCGGUGCACGUGUGACUAUGACGGGGCGGUGGGGGCAUUCUGUCACGUGCCUGUGGCGGCCUUCUGUGUCAACCAGUGCUCGGGGCACGGCACGUGCAUACGAGGCCACUGCCAGUGCAACGAGGGCUGGUUCAGCGUUGAUUGCAGCGUGCCCUCCCAAGCCACUUUCGCCGACCCUCAGCUCCCGGCCUGGCUGCAGCCCUUCGACCAGGCCAAGAGGGGGAGACAGGACGAGGAGGACGGGGAGGGAGAGGGGGAGACAGAAGAAGAUGCGGAGGGAGGGGGAUAUGGUGGUGAGGGUGCUGCUGAUGGUGGGAGAAACGCUGCUGGUGAUCGGGCAGGUGCAGGGGGGGCAGGGGGGGCAGCAGGGGGAGCAGUUGGAGCAGGGGGGCGGAACGAGGUGGUGAAGCGGCGGCCGUUGAUCUACAUCUACGAUCUACCGCCGCAGUUCAACAGCAACUUGCUGCAGGGCCGGCGCGGCAAGAAGGAGUGCGUGCCUCGGCUGUAUGACCGCCUCAACCGCACCGCCUUCCUGCCCGACCAUAUCCACGGCAUGGAGAUCGCCCUGCACGAGGCGUUGCUGGCAAGCAAGCACCGCACGACCAACGCGGAGGAGGCGGAUUUCUUCUUUGUGCCCGUCUACGCCUCCUGCUUCUGGCUGCGCCUCACCAACGGGGGAGAUGCUUCCGGCAUCCAGCUCCUGCCGCACGUGCAGGGCAGCUGGGCGUGGCACGUGGCAGAGAUGUACUCAGCAGUGCACCGCCACAUCGUGCAUGCCUACCCCCACUGGAACAGAAGUCGCGGCCGCGACCACCUCUGGCCCAUGGGCACAGAUGAAGGGGCUUGUUUGGCCCCUCAAGCCAUCUGGCACGGCAGCAUGCUCACGAGCUGGGGCAACAGCAUGGCAGCUCACUCCCACUCAGUCAAGGCGGCACCGCAGCAGCGGUGGGACGACAUACCCCUGACGCUGAGGGGCGGCCACCUGUGCUACUCCGCUGCCAAGGAUAUUGUGCUGCCAGCCUGGCUGCCGCCCAAUGUGAAGCACCUGCAUGAGCAGUACUGGCUCAGGUCAUUUGAGGAGAGGGAGCACCUCUUCUAUUUCGCUGGUGACUUAGGAUCUGAGUACAAGGGGGGCUCUCCUGAUACCAGGUUCAGCUUCGGCAUUCGGCAGGCCGUGGCUCGAGAAUUCGCCUCGGUGCCAAAUAACAAGGGGCAGCUGGGGUCGCAGCAGGAGGAGGGGGUGAUUGUGACGAAUGAGAGGGGCAAGGGGCACAGCGCUCAGCUGGGCAACGCCCGGUUCUGCGGAGUCUUCCCCAGCAAUGGCUUCAAUGCUGACAUGGAAGAGGCGAUGAAGCAUGGCUGCAUCCCUGUCAUCAUUCAGGUGCAUCCCAGUCAUCAUUCAGGUGCAUCCCAGUCAUCAUUCAGGUGCAUCCCUGUCAUCAUUCAGGUGCAUCCCAGUCAUCAUUCAGGUGCAUCCCAGUCAUCAGGUGCAUCCCUGUCAUCAUUCAGGUGCAUCCCAGUCAUCAUUCAGGUGCAUCCCAGUCAUCAUUCAGGUGCCGCCCGUCUCCCUUUGAAUAAAGCUAUUCUUUCAGUGACUCCUGCUAUCACUGCGGAGCAUGGGAGUGCGCUGCAAGGUACAGUGCAGAAGGUGUGGCAGCGGUUGUCGUACCACUCGGUGAUCGCACAGGAGGCCAAGAGGCAGCAGGACGAGUAUGGACACAACGAGGCAUGGGCUUUUGGAAUCAGCUUGCUGAAAGACGACGACGCCAUUGAUACACUCAUUGAGCUUCAGGUUUAUCCUACUGGAGACAUCAUGGCGAACGCGGCUCCGCUUAAUCCGUCCGCCGCGGCAAUGGCAGCAGCACAGGCUAUAGUAGCACUGCGAAAGGUCUCCAAAGCGGCCGCUAACGCCAACCUGAAAGUCCCGGAGAAUGCAGCAACUGAUGAAGCUCGUGCCUGCGAGGUUGAGCUUAGCCACUUCCGUGGCAUGGACGACCGCGAGCUUAAUCUCACGCUACACGUCACAAGCCUGACCCCGGCAGCUGUUUUGGCGAUGCAGAGAGCUAAGGAGAUAAGCAAGGUCCUGACAUCCAAGGCCUCACUGCACGACCCGUUGCAAAAAAGCAGGUCAGUCCUGGUUGCGUAG